AGAGCCCAGCAUAUCCCUCAAAAUUGGAUAUAAAGACCCAAUCGUUCCUCUCUCAGAGCUCAACAACAAUCACCAAAAUAUACGCAUCCACACCACAAAUCCAAUCGGCCACAUCAGCAACAUGCGCUUCAAUCUCGCCACCGCGUCAGUCCUCUCCCUCCUGGCUGUGGCCACGGCUCGCGUCAUCAGGCGUGAUAUCCCCACCAUCAUCCAGGAUCUGACUCAGGUCAACACCGACAUUGGUUCUCUGAGUGCUGCCGUCUACAGCUACUCCGGAGGCUUGCCCGCGGCCCUUGAGAUCCAGACCCAGGAGGCCGCUGUCGAGCGCUCCCUUGACCAGGCCUCUGCCGACGUCAACGGCACUGCGGUCUUCACGGCCUCGGAGAGUAGCCGGGUGACUGAGGCUCUGACCCAGUUGGAGCCGGUCAUGCGCAGCUCCAUCGCAGCUCUGGUCCUGAAGGUCAGUCACAUCUGCUCAUGCAUGCACUUCUCACGUUCUUUCACCUUCCAUCUUUCAUAUAUUCCAAUCGUGGCCGACCAUGAUGCUGACCAAUGUAUAGCGGAAUCUCUUCAUCACCGCCGGCGUGGGAAGCACCAUCCGGACCAACCUCCAUGCGCUUCGGGUCAAGACCGAUGGUCUGUCCGUGGCCCUGCAGGCCAAGGCGGCCGGAGCCGACAAGGAGACCAUCCGUCAGGGAACCGGUGAUGUUGAUGAUGCAUACGACAACGCCAUCGAUGCAUAUGACAUGCAGAUGUAGGGGCUGGUCACAGAGCUAGUCAUUGCCAUUCACGAGGCCGGGUUGGGGUGGAUGGUAUAGCUGCAUAGUGAGGGUCAGUGGUCGGAGGAG